UAAUGCUUCUACUAAAAAAGAACUGAUUAUAGGGGGUAAUAUUCACUUUUUGUUACUUACGAAAAUAGAAAAACAUGAAAUACAACAAACUGCCAGCUGGCGCCUCUUUGCCUUCUGAUUGGCUCCUUCCGUAAAUUAAUUCCGAAUCUUAUCCAUCGAAUUCAUCCUGAGACCAUCACCACAUCCCAACCAUUUCAGGAGUGACAAACCAGCAUGUCAUUACCAUUAUAAGAUUAGUAUCUCUAACUUCCUUUUUCGUUUUUGGUAAAUAACCAUUCUAACUUCUAAGUGACAUCCCAAAACCCAUCACAUUUCCUAAAUUACUACACUUCUGGGUUUUCAGAGCACACGAGAGAACAAGGCAUUCAUUCACAUAUUGCCAGUCAGCAACAGAACAAGCAAAGAAAAUAUGCAAAAAGAAUGGCUACAAUCCCAAAGCACCAUCUUUUGGUACAGCCGUUAUGGCACUCAUCCAAUCUUCAUACCAGAGCACAUACCCGCAGGCUUCCUCAUGUACAUGUUCAAUUAUAGUAUAAACUCCAUGUUGGACACCCAUUCAAUUACAUGGACAUAAAAGCAUAAUCAUUAAUGCUAGUUCAUACAGAGGACAGACAAAAGGAUGAUGGAAACUCCUUUCAGAUGGAUAUCAAGUAGAUCGUAGAUCAUCAAUAUCUAAUUUCUCAUAUUCUAUGUGGUAGAUAGAACAUAAAAAUAACACUAGCCCAAUUUAUUUGAUAAGCAAAUACAGCAGCUAAAAUGUGAUGCAUAUCAAUAGCCUCCAAAAACAUGUAUUGCAUUGCAGGACAACAUACAAUAAAAAACAGAACAAAUUUACUUGAUGAUCCAAGGAACUAAUGUAGAGAAUUAAUUUCUCUUUAGAGACCUAACAACACAUUCCAACCACUUUUAUUGAAGCAUAUUACUUUACAGUUUCAGGGUAAUCUAAACAAGCAAAUAAAUGUCAGUUACUUAACGACCCAAAUGCAUAUUCUAAAAAUUAACUCAUCAUAAAUUAUCUACCGAUAAAAAAGUUAGCUUCUGUUGGAAGUUCUUAAACAAUCAACAAUGAUGAUUCUAUUUAUAAGAUGUUGACUCAAUCAAUGUAUUGCCACCUGCCAGGUGCCUACCCCUGGCUCUCACAAAAACAUUGCUCCAGUGUGGUUCCCUCAAAUGUGUCAUUAUCAAGUCUCUAUCCCCAAAGUACAGGGCCCUUGGUUUCUUCCAUCUCACUUAAUAGAGGAAGAAGAAACAAGGUCGUCAUGAUGUUGCUUUCCUAUUGAAAAUUACUUGAUGCGAGUGAGAAAAGAAAAUGGGGUAAUGUUAGGAGAAAAGAUUCAGUUUCGCAUUCCAAAUUUCACGGUGUAGAAUAAGAAUAAAGUUCAACUGUAAAG